AUGUUGUUGUUUUUGCUGUACUGUUGUUUUACCAUUGUUGUUAUUGCUAUUGUUAUUGUUGCUACUGUUGUUAUUAUUGUUGUCGUUGUCGUUGUUGCUAUUGCUAUUGUUAUCACUAUUGUUGCUACUGUUGUUAUUAUUGUUGUCGUUGUCGUUGUCGUUGUUGCUAUUGCUAUUGUUAUUACUGUUGUUGCUGUUAUUGUUUUUGUUAUUGUUAUUGCUGUUAUUAUCGUUGCUAUUGUUGUUAUUGUUAUUAUUGCUAUUGCUUAUUUGUUUAGUGAAUAUGAUAACACUCGAAGUAGUAUUUCGGAAUGCAGUAAAUAA